ACAAAAACAGAGAAAAAAAUACUAAAGUAAAAAAUAAAAAGGCUGAUUUUUCCUCUCUAUAGCUCGAUCCUUAAGCUUUUUUACGAUGAAUUCUCACGAAGAAGAAGAAGAUGAAGGUCCUUCUGUUGAUUCAGCGGUGGCUGAAGAACGGAUCGCUGCUCGAAGGCUUCGUAUACAACGACGAUUGGAGGCAGCAAGAAGGCAAGCUAGUGGGGAAGAUACCAGCCAAAAGAAACCAGUGGAUUCAGAAAAAGAUGCAUUAAAAAGUAGAAAACAAAUGGAAGAUAGCAGACAGCGUUUGCUGAAGCUAAAGACAGAUGGCACAGAACUUGUGACAAAUGUUUCAGUAGCAGCAGAUGCCAGGGAAUCAAUGAGAAGACUAGAAGAAGAGGAAGCAAGGAGACAAAGAAAUGAGAAACUUGAAGCAGAAGCCAARUCAGCUGCUGAAAAGUUUGAAGAGAUAACYAAGAAAUGGGAAUAUGCUUUAUCUAAAGAGAUUCCACAAGAUCUUCAUACGAUGCUAAUGGAACAGAAGACUGCCAGUGAUGCAAUGAUAGAAGAAAAAGACAAACUAAUCAAUGACUUUCAACAGGAGUUGAAAGGCAAAGAUGAUCAGUAUGUGAAGGACCUCAAGAAAGCUGCUGAAGACAUUGAUCUCAUCAUUGAAAGAGAGGAAGAACAAAUAAAACAACUUACCAAGGCUUACAGAGAAGAACUCACUCAAAUAGAGAAAGCAUUUGUAACAGAAAGAGCAGAACUUUUGGAUGCUAACAAAAAGAAAUGGGAAACUUCAAUGCAGCAGAGGCGUGAUAAAGAGAUUGAAUACAUGGAAUCACGACGCAAGAGAGUUGAAGAUUAUGAAAACCAACUGCAGACUCUAAGAAUACAAGAUGCUGAAGAAUAUAACAUGGUAAAGAUCAAAUUGGAGACAGAUGUCCAGAUUUUGGAACAGCAGCUGCAACAAAUGAAAGCUACCUACCAACUGAACCAAGAAAAAUUAGAGUACAACUUUCAGGUGCUGAAGAAAAGAGAUGAAGAGAAUACYAUCACAAAAUCACAACAAAAGAGAAAAAUUACAAGACUUCAAGAUGUGUUAAAUAACUUGAAACAAAAGUUGGCCAAGCAGGAAAGACAGUACAGAGAGGAAAACCAAGCUUUGACAGAUGAUUACAAACGUAUAACAGAACAGUUUAGGGAACUACAAAAGAAAUCAAGGCAUUUCCAAACCACAGACCAAAAAAAAUACGACGACAUUUGGGAUAUGAACGAAGAGCAAGUACGAGAUCUAGUACAACAAGUCUCUGAAGCAGACAGAAUCAUCUGUGAGCAGCAGUUGGGGUUACCAUGGGAACCACCUAAAAUUGAUGAAGUUAAAGCAGAACCUCAUUCCAUGCGAGUAGAGUCUACUGAAAGUGUGAGCGAACAGMAGCCAACAGCUACACAAAUUGCACAUGAGAUCAUGAAAGGCGUGAAAACUGACGAAGAAGAUGGUUUACCACCUGAACAGAGUUAUGGAAGCGAAAAUGCUAAAGAUGUUGACAGUGAAGGACAAUCGCAGAAACCCAAAUUACCUGCCAAAGUUAUCAAGUCCAUAUUAGAACUAGUUUGUGAUGAAUCAGGUUUCCUYGUGGAAUCCAAGCUAAACAAGCUGUUGGCACCUCUUGACAGAGAUGAACAGUCACUCAUGAAAUUGGACGCCAUAUUCGCGGCACUUGGUGUCGAUACUGAAGAAGACAUUUAUCUGCUUGCACAAUUCUUCCUCAAAAAAGGAAGCGAAGCUGAACAAGAAGCUGAACCUGAUGUGGCUCAUCAGACUCCAAGCACCCAAGAAAAGCCAAUAGAAGAGACCAAACUGGGUGAUGGAGAAAAACCCUUGGAUCAGGAUGCAGCUGAGGCUGUUGGUAUGGCAACGGAAGAUGAUCAUAUGUCAGAAACAUCGUCGAUUCGCGCCAGAAAGUCAGAAUCUUAUCAGUUGAUCCAUCCAAAUGAUGUCGUUAAUUCUCUCAGAAAAUUCGUAGAAAGUCAUCGUCAACCACAAAGGGAAGUUAAACGACAAGCUGUCAAGUUAGGAGUUGGUGCCACAAGGGCUACUGGAUCGGACAKUAUGUUCUGGGACAAGAUGGCGGUGGUAAUCGAUGAAAAGAAAGAGCGUCUUUGGACUGGCUUACUUCAUGGUUUUGAUAAGUACCUUGGUGUUUUGACCGAGAGAGCAGGACUCAUCCAGGAAACUGAUGCUUUAAGACAACAGAAUGCGGAGUUGAGGAUGCUGCUUCAUCAGUACGUCAACUCCAGGGUCAACCAAGAGCUAGAAAUUCCACCAACCAAAAUACUGCAAGCAGAAUUAUCUAAAGAGUCUUCUUAACCUGUAUAUAAGCGUUUUCUUACCUUUGUAAUAAACUAUUUAUUUCAAUUUAUUUCAAA